CCGACAAAAACCUGACAAAAAACACACAAAAUGACAAAAAUGAGAAACAAAGCAACAAAAACAUGACAUGAAUGACAAAAGUCACACAAAAACAUCAAAAACAAGCAAAAUAUUACAAAAAUGAGACACUAAACAACAAACAAAUUGACAAACAAAAAGAGACAAAAAUGACAAAAACUUUUACAAAACAGCAAAAAAAUGGAUAAACGACAAAAAACAGAAAACCAUGAAUAAAGCAAAAACACAGAAUGACAAAAAUAAAACAGUCGCUGUCACGUGGGGGUUUCCCUUAUAUCAGCUGAGCACCGGACCGUACCAUUAGCAGGGCGCGGGGGGGGGACAUCACAUUAAAGACUGGAUGUGGUAAAAUAAUUACGCCUAAGUGUAUCGAAACACGAUAAUUAUUAGAAACGUUUCUAAACAUAAAUCAAGAGGUUGCUGAAGUCUAAAGCUGCGGUUUUAGAGUCUUUCUGUGUCGUUCACACCCGCAGAUCGUAGACGCUUCCAAAUAUGGCGGCCGUUCCUGUCAGUGUGGAGUGAAACUUUGCUAUUUUUAGUCGGAUUUCCUCCAUUCUGUGAUAAAUUCUGCCAACUGCUGUCGUCUGUUUAUCACAGUAAGUGUUUUCUAGAUACACAGACGUUUGGUGGUCGUCGUCAGGACCGAGCGGCGUCGUUCUGAGCUCCGUUUUCGGUCAGUAAACCGUCGGGCUUUCCUGGAAGUUGACGGCGGCUGAGUGCCUGACAUUGCGAUCAUACCGACCGCUGCUGUCACUGGAUUCACCGCCGAACCGUCAGGUGGGACUGGACGAGUAGCUAGCUAGCUCCCCGGCCACAGGGCGUCGAAAACCACUCGGCUUGUUUCCACUGAGCUGGAUUCCGUGUGGGAAGGAAGGUCGGAGAUCCUGAGGACGUGUCACGUCAGCUGUCAGUGGAAAUAAGGAGGUGGUGUUGGAUGUCACCACCGCUCAGUGUCGCACCGAGUCUGGUUUGCUAGCCCCGUCCAUCCUGGCAAAUCAAAUGGAGAAGCUCCAGGAUCUCAGCCAAUCAGAGCUGCAGGAGCUGCUGGACAACCCGGAGAGGGUGGAGUCUAUGGCGCUGGAGUCCGAUGAGAUCCAGAACAUCCAGCUGGAGAGAGAGAUGGCGUUGGCGUCGAACCGCAGCCUGGCUGAGCAGAACCUGGACAUGAAGCCUCGUCUGGAGACACAGAAGGAGCUGCUGGUGGAGAGAUAUUCUCAGCUGGAAGCCGUCAGAGAAACCUACAGACAGCACAGCUCCCUGAGAGAUGGGAUGGUGGGACAGGCGUCUCCUCAGGCGUUGCUCUCCAGACUACAGACAGAGGGCAGCAAAACGGAGGCCGAGUCAGAGGCUCUAGCCGAUGAGUUUCUGGACGGGUCUCUGCCGCUGGACUCUUUCCUCGACCGUUUCCUCUCACUGCGCUCUCUUGCCCACAAAAGGCGUGUGCGGAUAGAGAAACUCCAGGAGAUCCUGCGACAGAGAAGCGAGAGCACUCCCACCGCCAUGACGUCAUCAGCAGGCGUCAUCAGCCAGGACGCCGCCUCCACGCCCUCGCCGUGGAAUCAGCACACGACGACGGCGUCCACCACCAAUCAGCAGCAGCCGAACUCCAAACCUGUGUCCUCCAGCUACCAGAACACCUCCCAUCCAGCCUCGUCGUCUGCCGGGCCGUCCUCCGGCCUGCCCUACAGCCCCUACCCCGUCUCCCCACCGAACCCUCCCCCUGUGGUGGUAGCAGCAGCCUCCAUCCCGGCCAAUCCGCCGUCACAGUUCCCUCCUUACCCAGGUUCAGGCUCGCCCUUCAACCCCACAGGGAGCUUCUCCGGCCCCAGGCCCGCCUUUGGGCCUCCGGCUUCAGCCGCCUGUCCUUACCCAGCUCAGCCCUCCUUCCCCGCCCCUCACGGAGGCUCGGCGUUCGGCCAGUACACCCCCAACCACCCCCAGAGCGGCCCUGCCCCCUACCCGGCCUCCUACAGCUACGGGGGCUACAGCUAUCCAGCAGGGCCCGCCUAUUCCAAUUCUCAGUCACCAACGGGGAGACCCAUCUACAGACCAGGAUAUGGAGUUCCACAGCAGUACUCCUGAAAGCACUAAAGCUCCUCUCUCAGUUCCUCUGAGCUCCCCUCUUUGCUGUUUCACCCUUUUCGCUUCCCUCCCUCAGCUCCACUCUCCUCGCCCUAACUUCUUCCUUUCUCCUGAUGCUCCCACACUCCAGAGGUCUCUUGCUUUACUUCUCUUUGUUGCACUAUUUCUCUCUUUCUCCAACGGUCUGUCCCUCUUUCCUGUCCCCCUCCAGCAUCGUCCUCACUCGCCCUCACUAGUCUCAGGUUGUUGCGUUGUGUUUAAGUGUUCAAACACUUUAUCCGGCCCUCCAUGCGCCCGCUCUUACCUCUCCUUUCAUUUCUAGUGUGUGUAUUGCUCUUUGGCAAUCAGAAAGUCCUUAUAAACACACAAGUGCACUCCCCUUUAUGACAAAUACGUGACGAAAAUCAGUCUUUGUAACACUACGUCAGUGUCAGAUAGCCGACUGAGCGAGUCCGUGUGGUGCACAGGGCUCCUGUUGGAAGGUUUGACUUUUAUCACUCACGGGCUCCAACAGAUGGAUUAAAAAUGGAAAAACGAAUGGCUGCCACAAAGUAGAACUCUUGUUUAAUGAUUAAUGUGCAUGAUUGUGGGGGUGUAUAACCGGUCGGCAGUGGGAAUCCAGAGUCACACUUUACUUUCUUUAACCUCAGAAGCUUCUGAUGGCGGCAGUGAUUCGCUCCUCUCCUCUGAUUUAAUCCUAACAGGAAGUUAGCUGCAGCUUUGUGUUAGCAUCAGUGUUUCACCACAAACCGGUGCAGUGAAGUUUGAUCUUCACAUUGAUCCACUUACUUUUAUGUUUGUAGUUUUCACAUUUUAAAAAAAACCUGCGUGGAAAUGCCAAAAAAUUUAGAAAAAUCUUGAAAUAUCGUAGAAGACAUUUUUAGACUUUGGUGUGGAAAAGUUCAUAAAAGCAAUAUGUGACCAAGUGCAAUAGAAACAGAUGGAAAGAACUCCUGAUGUUCAGCCGUGAAUGGAAACGGGAAUCUACUUGGAUUGUCUUGAACAAAUUUUCCCAAAAUUCGUAUAAAAUUUUCCCCUUCAUAUCUGGAACGCUAGCUGCUCACAGUAGCUGGAGCAUGCUAACGCACUAGCUAGCUGGGGUCCAGAGCUGUGAGUCUUUAGUUUGGGCCAUCUAUUCUUUAGUUCUCAGGAUUGUUCUUAAUUUAAUAAAGAGCUACUGAAGAGGGAAGAACAGGAAAGAAAAUGUGUGUUACCUAAUGGGACGAAGGUUUACGCUGUAACCCGGGGGUGUCAAAGUCAUUUUAGUUCAGCGGCCGGACCAGUUUUUAUUAUAUGAUCAAUACGACAAAAGUCAGAAAAAAAAACCCCAACAAAAACAAGACAUUGUGAAAACAAGACAAAACGACAAAAAAAUUGACAAACAAAACAAAAAAGAGGCCAAAAACUUGACAAAAAAGUUACAAAGCGACAAAAAAUGGACAAACGACGAAAACAAGACAAAAACACAAAAUGAGAAACAAAACGACAAAAACAUGAAGCAGACAACAGAAGUCAGACAAAAAAGCAACAAAAACACAAAAUAUUACAAAAAUGAAACAAAAUGACAAAAACACUGGACCGGACUAGUUUUAACUAUAUGAUCAAAACGACAAAAGUCAGAUAAAAAAAACAACAAAAACAAGUCAGUAAUAAACCACACUUUCCAGGCCCCCCUGUGGUUUAAGUCUCCAAAAUAUUCCACUGUUCUGAUUCUAAUGUCAGUGAACAUUUAAGGAAGCAGAACCAGAAACAUGAGUUUCCUCUUUGCUCUGGUUUUGGUCCUGAGCUGUUUACCGCUACGUGGAGCAUCGGCAGGAUUUACCAGAGUUUUCUUCACUGAAAACUGCCGUUGUCUUAACAUACUGUAGCACCGAGAGGAACAGCAGAACUUGCAAGUGAUUUUUUUGUGUGUGUGUGUGUGGAGUCAAUGCAGCAAGCAGCACCUUUUCCAUUACGCAUGGUUCUGUGAUGCUCUAAAAAUAGAGGUUGGUGCAGCUUGGAUGAGUCAUGAAGAGCUCUACCGAUGUGCAUCCCUACCGUAAGGUGUCUCUGUUUCUUUAUCAAGACCUUUUUACAUUUUUACAGAAUUUACUGCUGUCAGAAGCAGAUCUUUGGCAUGACUCAACUUAAACAGCUAAAGGAUGCAUUAAAUCGCGUAAACCAGGGGUGUCAAACUCAAUUAAAUUCCACUUUCAGCCCAAUUUGAUUUGCAGUGGACCGGACCAGCUUUACUGUAUGAUCAAAAUGACAAAGUCAGAUUAAGAAAGACAAAAUCCUGCGGAAAUGAGACACAAAAUGUCAAAAAAUUAGACAAACAAGUUACAGAGCAACAAAAAAAUGGACAAAUUACAAAAACGAGACAAAAAAUGGCACGCAAAACAAUGAAUAAAGCAAAACAAGAUGACAAAAAUAAGACAAAAACACAAGUGAGACGAAAAGGAAACAAAAAAUGACAAAACCAGACAAAAGUCCGACAAAAACCAAGAAAAACAAGACACAAAAUGACACAAAAUUAGACAAACGACACAAAACAAAUAUAAGGACAAAAAAUGAGAUAAAAAAAUUAGAGCCAAAAAAAAUGGACAAACGACAAAAAUUACACAAAUGACACAAGCGAAGCCAAAACUGACAAAGGUGAGAAGCAAACAAAGAAAUGGACAACACAAGUGAGACAAAAAACAAAAAACAGCAAAAACAUGACACAAACAACAAAAAUCUGACAAAAUAAGGACAAAAAAACAGCAAAAACAGACAAAAUAUUACAAAAAUGAGACAAAAGAACAAUGAACAAUCUAGUAUUUUACUUUCUGAUCCAAACAACUUGUCAUGGUCUAGAAAUGAUUUUAAAUUUAUAGUUUUACUAAUUUACAAUUUUUAGACUUUGAGGGCCGGAUUGGACCCUCUGGAGGACCACUUUUGGACCACGGGCCUCAUGUUGGAUACCCCUGGUGUGAACAAACGUAACCUAAUCACCGUACCAGAACUGAAGUGCUUCGGCCUUAAGAUACUUUCCCCUUUCCGAUCUCUGGGCUGCCGGCAUGUUUGGGGAGCUAACGGGGAUUGGACCAUUUCCAGCGCUAAGAACAGGAAACAGGAAAUGUUUUUUAGCUGGUUAGAAGCAUUCAAUGUGAGAUGUAAACGGUCUAAUGAAGGUUUAGAGGAGUUCUUUGGUCAAACCCUACCUGAAGACACUGAUGCUUGCCCAAACCUUCGCCGUUCACACGCUAAGUUGAACACAAACAUGUUAGACAUUUGUCCACUGCAUUCUUCUUGUCCUCCAGAAAAUCAUCCCUUCUUCCCCUUCCUCCCAUCCAUCCCUCUCUUCUGUCCAUCCCUGCUCGUUGAGCACGAACUGACGCCCGACAGCGACGAUCCCAGAGGAAAACGGUUUGACUUCCCUUCCAUUCGCGCCAUGAGUAAGAAUAAGUGUGGCAUGUGUAGUUUAAUGGAGUGAACGUAUCAAGGCUGGCCAUCAGUUUUGUGGAAAUUCAAUCACAGUUUAAAUAAAAAUGCAGCUGCAGUGAUGUGAGAUUCGUAAAUAAUCCUUUCUAAAUUUGUAUUCCGCUGUGGAAGACCCUCCGAACUAAACAUGGAAGUUGAAUAUUUUAACAUUUCCUCCAGUUUCUUCAACAUUUUCACCAAACAACGAUCCCUUCACGUUGAAACUUUCUCCUCCUGGUGCUCUCAUAUUGUCACAGAUGAGUUUCCAAACGUCAAUAUUUCCUUUGUCAGUCAGAUGAGAUGUGAAAUGACUGCCUUUGGAACACUGUACUGCUGUUAAGACUUCAGUGUUUUCUAGUCUCCCUAGAAACCAAACAGGGAAUCACUGGAAAGGUGGUUAUUUUGUGAUAGGUCGAUAAAAAGCGUACGGUAAUGGAUUGCAUGUCAGGGACUUAAACACAGAAUCUUUAGUUUUUUCCAGAGUUAGUUUUACCCAACAAGGCUGUAGUUUUACCCAGAGCUCUUAUGCCAGGUUCAGACUACAUGAUGUCAGCGUCUCCUCACAGAUUCAGGGCGUAAAAUGGAGUCUGAGCGUGACUACUGGUACUUCUAUCCCAUGUUGUUCAUCAUAGUUAGCGGCUACCAAAGUUUACAAGGAUGCUGCAUCUCUCUUGAAGGUCACUGGUGUCUUUUAUUUCUGUUUUCAUUAAUGUCCCAGGAUCGUCUCUGGCUAACUGUGGUCCCUCUGCUAAGCUAGCCGGUGGUCGUUUCGGAAAUGAUUGCUGCUUCAUUCCGACGCUGAUGGAAAGUUUUGACGUUUUCUAGGUAAACCAAUUUUUGUGGUUAAGUAGGUUCCCUGACAAGAAGUUUACAUUGUUUUUGAUGAUGAUCGCUGUAGCUAGUUCCUGUUGGCUUCAGUGGGUUUACUGGGAGAUGAAUGAGAGGUACUACCCUACUUUUUGUAGUUGGAAGGUUCUUGCUCCAAACAGAACCAUCAGCACUGCUCUUACGCUGCUUCAGACCAACCAAAAGAUGGUAUCACACAUUAAUACGUCUAUUUAUUUACACUGUCUGGGAUUAUAGUGGAUGAGAACAAGUGCUCCAUCUCUGCUUACAACGUCCCAGUGACAACCUCACACUCCUACAUUCUUUCUGUGAUGUUGACUAAUGGGACCGCAGAAAGCUUGGUGACCGUCCAGACAGGCUGAAGGACAGACGACCCAUACUGUCCUCUUCCUGUAGGCCACAGGCAGGGCCACAGUCACUCUUUUUGUCUUCAGUUUACGCUUUAGACAUCCAGUAAUCCACUAGAAACCCAAUAAAUCCAAAGUUACCUUUGGAGAAAGCAGCUGACCACAGCUUCCAGAUGUUCCUGAUUCCUUCAUCUUGAUGGCAUCACUAAGCUCACGGUUAGGGUGGAGAUUGUCAUGACUCUCAGCCUAAUCUGACUCCAAUAUCAUGUAGUCUGAGCCGGGCAUUGUUAUAGCCUCAACAUGGUUGUUCAUUUUCUGAAUCAUUGCUAAAAGAUGGCAGAUGUUGCUGAACUGAGGUAUGUCCCAAAAGAAAUGAUUUCCACAGAAGAGCCUCCAGACAUCAUGUGACUGGGACGGCAAACAUGAAAAUAUUGUUUGAACAAUGGGGAUAGUUUUCCAGAAUAGAGCUGUAUUUCGCAGAAAAUGGCUUUUAAUCAGUGGCCUGAUCUGUCUGGAAUAAAACAAUCACAUCAACAGAAGUGUAGAAGGAAGAAUAGUUGACUGUCUUUGUAUGUUCCCAGCUACAGACCCUGACAUCAGUUAUUGUGGACAGAAGUCAAUUAACAUCUUCUAGUGAGGCAUCCCUGAAGCUUGAAGGGAUCAAAUGUCCAGUGGCUGGUUGGAUUGGAUUUUUCCCAACUGUCAUCUUUCUCACAUUAAUACAAACAUAAAUACAUAAUGUCUAUAAUCUUUGGCCAGCUUUAAGUACGUCAUCUCAUUGUGUCCUCUUCUGCAAUGGUUUUAUUGAACAGAUGAGGAAAUGUGUGACACCUGUUUAGCUUCAUCAACCAACCAACUCCUAAUAUUGGCUAAAAUGGCAGAGAAUUAAGAGAAGAGUUGAUUCACUUUGUAAGUUGUUGAUUUUCUUGAAAUUCAGGUCACGUUUGCAUUCCACUUGGAGGGAUUCGAAAUCAGAUCUGUGUUUUAUGAAAAGCAGAGAUGUCUAGAAACAGGAAUAAAUGAUUGACUCACCAUUAUAAAUGGUUUCUAAAGGGCUGCCUUACUAGAACUCGUUUCUCUACAACACCCAACCACAGACUCUUUGUCCCUGUAGGGCCUGUGAUUGGUCAGCCUGGAGUUAGAGCUCAGUGCCACAGACGUCCACACGGGGGCGCUAGACUGACACACUCUGGGUUUGAAGGGUUAAUAAGACCUGCUGACAUUUUAAUGUCCUACUCUUUAGUUCUGUAUCACCAGUGGUGUAGUCGAGUCUUUCCUUCUACUGACCGUAUAAAAGAGAGUUUCCUGAUGGUUUCAGUUGAGCGUUGAGCCGAUCCAACCAGACAGCUUCCCUUCAAACGGAGAUGCUGAAAGAUUCUGUGAAUGACGAGCUUUUAAGUCCCAACUCAGACACGGCACAGAGAGGAUGGCAGUAAUAAUAAUAGUCUUACAGUGUUUUAGAAGAAGCACAAGGGAGAUGUCUUAAUAGAGACUAGCAUUAAUAUUAUUCAGAGGGAAAUAACUUGUAGAUGGAUUUAUCUGUUCUGAUGGUGAGGAAUUGUAUAAGAAUACUGAUGACUGUAGAUUGUUAAAUAUUUUUUUCUUUCUCUUUUUUUUGGGUUGUGAAUAAUUAAACUGAUGCUGAUUUAAAAUCAAA